CGGCGACUAACCCACGUUACUGAAAUGCAACUGCAAAUCUGCAGCUACUUUUAGGCAACUUUGGUAGUUUUCGCGACGUUGUGGGGUCCUUAGUUUCUUCUUCAUAUCCAUGGAACUUGUAAGUCAUAUCUGUGAGUGAUAAGGUGUCCGCUACCUGCUGACCAAAACCUCACUGUCGAUUGCUACUGCAGAGUCCGUGGCACCUCUUAAAUUCACCAUGAAGUAAAUUGCACGAUCAAGUCUCACAAACUUCCAUGCUGUUCCGCAUUGUGUGUUGGUGCGUUCCUAUAAGGUUAGUGAUGUGUUGUUCAGGAAAAUAAUGGCGUCUGUUGGCACAUUUAAACACAAAGAAAAAAAAUACCGGCAUUCAACGACUUUUUACAGAAAAUUAAAAGUCUUAAAGGCAAAUGCCGUUGACAGUGGCGUUGUGAAACAAUAUUUUGGCGGUGGAAAUAAACCAUCAAAAAUACAAAACAAUGUAAGCAUCAGGUUGCUUCUAUCAACAGAGCAAUUGAAUGAGUCCAGUAGCUCCGAAAACUAUUCAAAAAUAAAAGAUAAAGUAAAUAGUGAUGAUGACUGUGGUAAUGAUUUUGAGGAGUCAUGCGUGCCGGAAGAUGAAUAUGACACUACUCUUUGUGAGUAUGAUGAAGAGUACAACUCUAUUAUUUCACAAACUUCGUUAGUUCAACAACUAAGGGCAUGGUAUCAUUAUCAUAGAAUAACUCAUAGCUCGCUUAACCAUCUAUUGCGUGUGUUAAAAUCAAAUGGUAUGAAAUGCUGACCAACUGAUAGCAGAACAUUAAUGAAAACGCCAAGAUUGGUACAUAUUGAAAAAAUGCGAAAUGGUCAACUUUGGUAUAAUGGAAUAAAAAAAUUGUUUGAAUGCAGUAUUUUUUGAUAUUGAUAGAUCCGUAACGCUUCCAGUAGUUUUUAACGUUGACGGCCUUCCACCGUUUAACGCUUCACCAUUACAAUUUUGGCCAAUUUUAUUUAGAAUCGAUAAUAUGACAUACAUUAAGCCAAUGGCUAUAGCAAUUUAUAUUGGCGACACAAAGCCACCUUUAAAAGAAUACUUCAGACAAUUUGUUGAUGAGUUGAAUGAUAUUUUGCAUCGUGGUCUUUGUAUUAAUGGGCAUCAGAUAAAACUCAUUAUUAGAUAUUUCGUAUGCGACACCCCAGCCAGAAAUUUUAUUAAAGGUACAGUUGGAUUUAAUGCAGCUCAUGGCUGUAUAAAAUGUACAGUCGUUGGUGAAUUUGACAAAAAAGGAAGGCACAUGAGCUUUCCAAGAAUAGAUUGCCCUCUAAGAACAGAUGAAAGUUUUCGUAAUAAAACCGAUCAAGACCACCACAAAGACGAUUCACCCUUAUUGGAACUGCCCAUUAAUAUCGUGGAAGAUGUUAUUAUUGCGGACUCCUUACAUCUUUUUUUUUUUUACUAUGUUAAUUGGACCUGCAAAUCGUUGAAAAUACGAACGUUUCCUCUGACUCUGUGUCAAUGCACUGUGUUAGCUGUUUCUCAAUUGCCAAAGCGUCUCCAAAUGUAAGAAUUCCCGAGAAUUUAAGGACACAGGAGUACUCCACCCAUCCCUCUUCAGGUACGCUAGCAGCAUUCGAUCUCAAGUUUUCCCUUGGGGAAUGGCUCAAAUGUUCUGGCCACAACAGAACUCCAUUAUUUUCGCAUUGAUGGGGAACAACAGAGAAAUAAAUUCCUUUUUUUUCCCACGUUGAAACAAUUUUAAAAGAAUCCAUGCCUUCGAAUAAAAAG